AUGUGUCGCUGGCUUGUUGACGAAGCAGGGGAAGACGUGAACACUUUACGACCAAGUGGAGAACCAAGAGAUUGGUCAUUGGACGACAAUAAAUUCAUGGAUUAUUUCUUAAUUCUGCAGAAGAGUGACAUUAACAUGACAGACGAAAGAGGAAAAACUGCUCUUCACUGCGCUGCGGAACAUGGAUACCUUGAACGUGUCCAGGAGUUGAUCCAUUCUGGCGCAAAUGUUCAAGCUGUGGACGAAAAUGGAUGGAAUGCUUUUCAUUUUGCUUGCAAAAGCAACAGUGACCGAAAAAAAGAAUUGAUUCAAUUGUUGCACACCACUGAUAGUCUGCUAGCCAAGGAGAAAACCGGAAGUGGUCAAACAGGGCUGCAUAUUUCUGUGGAAUUCAGAAAAUUCUACUCGGUUAACUUUGAAAGUUUUCUGAUCGAAGAGAUUGGAGUUGACGUAAGAGCAAAGAACAACAAAGGCUGCACUGCGUUGCGAAUUGCAGUGAGCAAAGGAGAUGAAAAAUGCAUUGACUAUCUGAUGAAAAAAGAUAUCGACCUGGAAGUCGAAAACUAUCUGGGGCAAACGUGCCUGCAUUUUGCAGCUGAAAGGGGUGAUUUAGAGGCUCUGCAAACUUGGAUAGAAGUGGGUGGAGACUUCAAUGUGGUUGACAAAGAAGGGAUGACUGCGUUGCAUAUUGCUGCUGAAAGCGGACAUUUGCAAUUUGUGAAAAAGUUUUUAGCCUGCGCUGCUGAAGAAGCCAAAAAUCCAUAUAUUGGUGAAGGUUCUGUUGGAUCCACACUGAAAGAGUACGGAACAGUGAACAGAUGUGACAUAAAAGGAAGGACAGCACUGCAUCUGGCUGCUGAAUCAGGAAAUGUUGAUUUGGUGAAAUUGUUGCUUGAAAAUAACGCAGAUUUAACUCUAACGGACCUGGAGGGAAAGAAUGCAAUCCACUUCGCUUUUGAACACAUAGGAAUGUUACAAUUCAUCAAUGAGAAGAACAGAAAUCUUGUGAAACAGCGUACAAAAGAUGAAAACACAAUUCUACAUUUUUUGGUAUUGUCCUCUGCUAAUAGAGAAGAGUGGGAUGAAAUCGCUCCGUGGAUUAUAGAACAAGUAGACGACACAAUUUUAAACGCGAAAAAUGCUGCUGGCGACACACCACUCUUACUGGCUUGCCAAACCGGGGUGUGGAAUGUCGCCGAAUUGCUGCUGACCAGAAAUGUUGGUAUCAAUGUCGCGGACUGGUGUGGAAAAACUGCAUUGCACUACGCCGCAGAAAAAGGAAACUUGAAAUUAGUGAUGCUGAUGCAUGAGAAAGGUGCGGAUUUGACUCUAACAAACGACGAGGGAAUGAACGCUUUGCACCACGCAACGAGACACUUUGAGAUAUUGUUAUUUAUUCACGAGAAAAACAAUGAUUUGUUGAAGCAGAGGUUGGAAAAUGGAGACACAAGCCUCCAUGUGGCAACAGGACCGUUGCCCAGUAACUCUGACGCAAUUCUUUGGCUCGUUGAGCAAUGCGAAAAUGACUUGAACGAAACAAACAGCAACGGUGAAACACCGUUUCUGCUGGCUUGCAAGCGGAUGAAAUGGAAUUUUGCUAAGAUUUUGCUGGAUAAAAACGUCGAUAUAAAUGUGAAAGAUAAAAAUGGAAGAACGGCCCUGCACUACGCCGUUAGUUUGUUUAGACGCGAUAUAAUUGAAGAUUCAUAUGCUUAUGAUUUGGUGCAAGAGUUGUGCAAAAGAGGUGCAGAUUUAGCUUUGACAGACAACGACGGAAAGAACGCAUUUCACCAUGCGAUAGAGAACUUUAACAUGGCAUUAUUCAUUCAUGAGUUGAAUGGUGAUUUGGUUAAACAGCUUUUGAACAAUGGAGAUACCUCUCUGCAUCUGGCAAUCAAAUUGAACAAAGACAACCGGAAUGAUAAGCUCAUUAUUUGGCUUGUUGAGCAAGGCGUCGUUGAUUUGAACGCGAAAAAUGCUUCUGGCGAAACACCACUCUUACUGGCUUGCGAAAGAAGGUGGUUGAAGGUCGCCGAAUUGCUGCUGACCAGAAAUGUUGAGGUCAAUGUCUCGAACAGGCGGGGAAAAACUGCAAUGCACUACGCCGCAAAAAAUGGAAACUUGUCUUUAGUGAAGCUUUUGCACGAGAAAGGUGCGGAUUUGACUCUAUCAGACAACGACGGGAAGAACGCUUUUCACCAUGCGAUAACAAACUAUGACAUGGCGUUAUUCAUUCAUGAGUUGAACGGCGAUUUGGUUAAACAGCGUUUGAAGAAUAGAGAUACCUCUCUGCAUCUGGCAAUCAAAUUAUACAAACGCAACAAGAAUGAUGACGUUCUUAAUUGGCUUGCGGAGCAGGACGUCAUUGAUUUGAACGUGAAAAAUGACUUGAACGAAACCCCGCUGAUUCUGGCUUGCAAGAAGAAGCUUUGGCCCUGCACAUUUUUUAAAAUACUUAUGUCUAAAAAUGUGGAUGUCAACAUAAGAGACGUUAAGGGGAAGUCUGCUCGUGACUACAUUGACGAUUCUUGUCCAACUCAUUUACUUCGAAGGUUUGAUGAACUUGAAGAAGCGUCACCCAGCUAA